GCAAAUUAACCAAUAGGAGCCGAGAGGCAGAGUUGUCCUCCUGGCCGCCAUUAAAGAAUUCAAUCCAUGAACUGAAAUAAUGGAAAUCUGCAGGACCCAUGGAUCAGGGCUGAAGAAAGUAGACUCGCUGUUUUAGCGUUUCUUCCGCUUUAAAGGUAGUUUUUAGUAUGAAGGAGGUCUGCGGUGGUUUUAGAGAACAGGAGGGCGGUGUAAUAGCUGAUUGUUUUAUUUAGCUUAUAGCAGGCUAAGCGCUGGAGCUCCGGUAUGUUAGCUUUUGUGGGCUAGGAGAGAUCAGGGGGAGGGGAGAGUUCCUCUGCUUUGAAACUGUUUCAGAUCAGCUAGCUCAUAUUAGCAUUAGCACACUUGGGACUAAGCUUUUUUAGUUUUCGAGCCCGUGUUAUUUUAAUGCGUGUGUAACUUUUCUUUUGUUUUAAUGAGGGUAUAGUCAGCUCAGGUCAUGUUAACGUAGACUAGCUAAUGUUACGCUCGUGUAGCUGGAAGCUUGCGGCUAAACCAGAUCAGACAAUACGUUUCAGAUAGGAUUGAUGAAUCUUAAUAGCUGGAAGCUCACAGCCCUGUCUAACAUUAGCUUAGCUGCUCUCAGGCUAGUUGUUGCUAGCAAGUUGGGCAGCAGCGCUUUAACGGGAUAAAUACAGCUGAACAUCGAGUUAAGAAGAUCAUCUCUUGCCCCCGUUGGUGACUGAGACAAUGGACUUAAACGUUACAACCGCGCAGUGAAAGGAUGAGUUCGUGCUUUGUACCAAACGGGGCCAGUUUGGAGGACUGCCACUCCAACCUCUUCUGCCUGGUAAGUCUGUGCUCUCUCUCUGCUCCCCCUUCUUCUUCUUCUUCUUCUUCCUCCGCUAAGCUAGCGUUAGCCGAGAUACCGAGAGGCCAGAAAGCCAUUUUGGCUAAUCAGGCAACAAGCUUUGUAACGUCAGUUGCAGACUGGCGUGAAGGCAUCGGGGCCUGCAACUUGCAAAUCGUGAUCAGGCUAACUUUCAUGACAGAGACAAGCACACACUGCAGGCCUCUUAGAUAUACCAUGAUCGCGUUAUGAUGCAUUUGCAAGAGGGAUAUCUCAAACUUUUAUGCUAGCGUUAGAAAAAUGAUCUAUAUUAAAGUGAUACGAAUUAGCGAUGCUCACAUUGCAAGUUAUAUCACAUAGUUGAUGCAAUAACUUAAAAUAACUCCCCUGAUUUUAGACCAGGCAGCUGCUGUUUACAUAGAGCAACCAUAACAUUAUAAACAUGCUUAAUCUAACGCAAUCUAUUACAACUGCUCCACUUUUAGGAAGCUUCUUUGGGUUUUUGUUGACAUGACUAGACAAGUGGCUAUGAAACUAACUAUUUAUUAUCUGGGACAUGUUGUUUUUGGUGUUGGAGAAAACUAUUAAGAACACCUUUUCAUAAUGUUCUCCAGUAUGCCACCCUACAUGUACUUAAUAAUUGAUUUAAAGGACAAUAAUUAGCUGCUUGACCUGCCAAACAAAAAAUAGAGAAAACACUUUUCCCUGAUUUUAGACUUGGCAACCAUAACAGUAUAAACAUGCUUAAUCUAACGCAAUCUUUUACCACAGCUUCACUUUUCGGAAGCUUCUUUGGGGUUUUUGUUGACAUGACUAGACAAGUGACUAUUAAACUAACUAGUUAUUAUCGGGGACAGAGUUGUUUUUGGUGAUAGUGGUGGAGAAAACUAUUACAAACCCCCUUUCAUACAGUGUUCUCCAGUACACCUUCUACAUACUCAAUAAUUGAUUUUAAGGACAAUAAACUGCAGCUUGACCUGCCAAACAAAGAAUGGAGAAACCACUAUGGCGAAAACAGUUUUCCCUGAUUUUAGACUAGGCAACUAUAACAUAAACAUGCUAAAUGUAACACAAUCUUUAGGAGGCUUUUUUGGGGUUUUCGACAUUACUAGACAAGUGACUAUUAAACUAACUAUUCAAUAUCGGAGACAUUGUUGUUUUUGGUGUUGGUAGUGGAGAAAACUAUUACAAACACCCUUUUAUAUCUGCUUUCCAGUGUACCACCCUACAUGUACUCAAUAAUUGAUUUAAAGGACAAUAAUCAGCUGCUUAAUACAGCUCUUUUCCACUUUUAGGAAGCGUUUUUAGGGGAUUUUGUUAACAUGACUAAACAAGUGACUAUUAAACUAACUAUUUAUUAUCGGAGACAUUGAUAUUUUUGGUGGUGGAGAAAACUAUUAAGAACACCCGUUUAUAUAAUGUUCUCCAGUACACCUUCUACAUACUUAAUAUUUGAUUUAGAGGGCAAUAAUCAGCUGCUUGACCUGCCUAACAAAAAAUAGAAAACACUUUUCCCUGAUUUUAGAUUAGGCAGCUGCUGUUUACAUAGAGCAACCAUAACAUCAUAAACAUGCUUAAUCUAACGCAAUUUAUUACACCAGCUCGUCCUCAAAGUCCACUUUUGGUUUUUGUUGACAUGUUAAACAAGUUACUAUUAAACUAACUUUUUAUUAUUAGGGACAUUCUUGUUUUUGGUGGUGGAGAAAACUAUUAAGAACACCAUUUCAUACAAUGCUCCUCAGUACACCACUGUAAGAGUAGAUGCUACAAGUCAAGAAUUAUACCGCUGAAGUAUUUUCAGUGAUAAGGCCGGUUGGUUUGUGUAUAUGUCUAGUGAAUCAAAGUCAUUCUUGUUGAGUCACAUGAAUGUGGUCUUGCACAACUCUCUCAUCAGCAAAAAAUUUCCCCAAACUUUGUCUUUAAGUGAUUUUCUAUAUGACUGGACAAGCAGACUUCAGCUUCACAUGAGUCUGUGUUUAUAUGAGGAGGGAGAAACACCUUCACUGUAGGUUAUGCAGUCAACAGAUGAUUGGCUAUGUCGUGUUAAUUCUCACUUUGUUUUCCCUCUUUUUUUUAGGCUGAUUUGACUGGAAUUAAAUGGCGGCGUUUCGUAUGGCAAGGACCCACCUCUUCGCCCAUCCUUUUCCCCGUGACCGAGGAGGAUCCCAUCCUGUGUAGUUUCAGCCGAUGCUUGGCGGCAGAUGUGCUGAGCGUGUGGAGGAGGCACCACACCCCAGGUCGCAGGGAGCUCUGGCUUUUCUGGUGGGGGGACGACCCCAGUUUCGCGGAGCUUAUCCACAACGAGCUUUCAAGUAAGCGAGAGCAACACCUCUUAUGUUUCCCGGAGGCUGCAAAAGCAGAUUUGUGAUUAUCCAAAUUGUUUACACUGGUAACAGAAGUGAUCGCUCAGUGUAAAUAGCAACAAGAAAGGUACAUCAUUCUUGAGCGCACAUGCACAACAAUUAGCUCAGCACUUUAUUAUUUGCAGGACUACUAGAGGAACAAAACAUAAAAAGUUUGUGAUGGUUGUUGUAAUUAAAAGAUUCUGUCAGAGCUGCUGAGCUGACAGAAAGUUGCAAGCGAAACUGGCCCAUUUGUGGAAACUCAAGUCGUGUUUCUACUUGUUUAGUGUUUGAUCAAUGCCAGCAACUGUGAACUGUGGCAAAACGCUUAAAAGCAGUUUUAAUGAUCUAAGAGUCUGAUGAUGAUAUGUUUUGAUAACCAAACUGAAUUGUGGCUAAAAGGUCUUUGUAGGUCUCUAAAGCCUUGUGGAAUCUACUGGCUCUCAGCCAUGAAGACUCUUGGCUGUCUGGUAGCAAAAAACGAAAGGAGUUUGUCUUCACACUAACCUGACACGGUCCUAACUCGCAGGCAAAGUUUGUUUCUACUUUGCUGGUAUUAGUAUAGGUAUAUUUAUCAAAACAAGCCUUUGUGGGCUGCCUUGCUUCUGUCUCAAGUGUUACUUGGGGGAAACACAGAUACAGAGGCAGCUAGAGGAACUUUUCACAACUGCUUAACUAUUAAGAAAGUUUCUAAGUUUAGUUUGGAGUUGGAAACCUACAUCGAAUCAAUCAUUAAUCAAAACAUUGUUGACCAGGCGUACAGUGUGCCUCACUCACAGGAUAAAUACAGAGCUUUUCAAAAUAAGAGUGCAGUGCAAACAAUGAGUUUUGACCUGAUAGUUGUUCAUGUCAGCCAUUAAAAUGACAGAAUCAUCAUGUUGAAUAUUAUUUAAGGGAAAAAAAUGACUGAUGGAUUUUUAAAUGGGUCUCUGCAGUAAUUAUAGUGAUCCUUACAAACCAAAAAUGUUUUGCACACCACUGUAUAUUUUGCGUUCUGAAUGAGAAAAUCUAAAUCAUGCAUUUGCCCGUCAUUCUCACCGGUUUUACACAUCUGCUCUGUUUCAGGUGAGGAGGAUGGUGAGUGGGAGAGCGGCCUGUCUUACGAGUGCCGGACGCUCCUCUUCAAGGCCAUCCACAACCUGCUGGAGCGCUGCCUCAUGAACCGCGGCUUCGUUCGCAUCGGCAAGUGGUUUGUCAAGCCAUACCAGAAGGAAGAGAAGACCAUAAAUAAAAGGUGUGUCCUGCCUUCUGAGGGCCAGAAAAAGACUCGCAUUUGGAGUCAGAAGUUUCAUCUGUUUGUCUGAACAAGCUGCAAGCUGUGAUCUUUUAUGUACCGUUCUUUUGUCUGCUGUUGUGAAUGAGUUCCAACACUUCCUCCAGAUGUUUCACAAGUAGAUGCUGUUAAUAAUGGAGAAAACUCAAGGUUAGAGAGAUGAUUCUGGACAAGAUGUUUCAGCUUUUACAAUGUGAAUCGACUUAAAAGGACAGAGCAGUACGUACCUCAGGCCAGUUACUUCCAACACAGAGGAAGCGGCACAAUUGCUGUCGAUGGAUAUCCCAACAAGUGAAGAUGUGGUGUAUUGUGCUUUUGUAUUCGCCAUUAUUCAAGUGUUUGAAAUUUGCAACGUGGCAGAGAAGGAUUUACAGGGAAAUGCGAUGUGCAAAUGAGUGUUGUGCUGUCGCGUUAGACAGAUGUUCUUGUCAUUUGAAGCUGUCUUUCUGUGACCGUUCCUGAUCUCGGACUGCCACUAAUUGUUAAAAUUCCCAUUUGGGAUUCUGCUGGAAAGUAGAGUUUGCAGCUGUAUUAUUUCACCCUCGAUGUAACUGCCUGACAUCAACUUUUUUUAUUAGGAAUGGAGAGUAGUAAGAGCGUGUUUCAUCAGUCUGUGUUACACUGACACCAAUCUAGUUUCUUUGUCCCCGCUGCCCUGAUUUAAUACCCGGAAAGUUCUGUACUUUGUGAACUCGUCUUAAGUCGCAGGAAUACAGCAUUUCAAACCAGAUCCAUGUUGUUCUGAGUCAUCCUGCAGUUCUCAGAGUUAAAGAUCUGAUUCCUGAAAUUGAAUCAGAUAAAAUAAUGUUGUGGAGUGUCAUAGGAUUAUUACAUUUCUCUAAUAGCGUCAUCAGUGUGGGGCGCAUUUUAAGUGGUUUCACACAUAACAAGAAUGCGAUGAAUGCCUCCAGGAAUGUUGCGCAACUUCUACAUCAGUUUGGAGUUUAUAGUGGAAAGUAGAGCAAUACUUUCACUGUAAUAUUAAGUGUUCAGAUCUUUCCCUUUUUUCCAAACAGCCGGUUAAAUCAAGUCUGUUUUUCUGUGAUGUUGCUGUUUGUAAAAAUACGAGCCGGAGGUGAAAGCGGCAGAGGCACAUAAAUAUCUGGUUCAGAGCUCAGGGCUCCUGCACAGCUGUAUUUCCUGAGCUCUACACAUAAGGUGGCGACAUACAUUCAGCUCACUCCUGAAUGAAGUGGGCUGGUGUAUCCUGGAGUUCCCUAGCAAGCUAAUUUGAGCCUUUGCUUUUUGGCUGACUUGUUUUUGAUGCACAGCCCACUUCUGGCUCAGCUCCCUCUGGCAGCUCCGUCAGUGCUUUUCAGAGAGCUAAAGCUGCUUUUAUAACCGAGUUGUUUCAUAGAACAGGAGGUGAUUUCUUGCUCUCUGGUGUUUAGCUCCUGUUUUUCCAUAAAGAUGUCUACAAGUCUAAGUAUGUGUGUAAGAGGCAGCAGUGCAGCACCUCCAACAGAAGCGUCUGGCAGCCUCGCUGUCGCCUGCCCUCUCUGGCUGGUAAACAGGGCAGUCUUUGGAAAAUGCUGAGUGUGCACUGUGGUUUUACAGCAACCAUGUCAACAAGUAUUAUUUUAGUGCAUUUAGCCGCCUGGCCUUCCAGAAGUAGUUAGGGAAUAAAUCAGGAUAUUGUUUUAACAUUUCAGGACGGUAAAAAUCCCAAGUGGGUAUUUUUGACUCCGUGUUGGGAGGAGGUUUGAUGGAGGUUGUAACUGUAGAACAGAGUGUGUUGAUGGGUGUGUGUUAUGUGCAGAAUGAGACUGAAGUGUGUACAGGCCAGAGUGUACUCAACGCCAGCGAGGGGGGGGGGUAACAGAUCUCACCUGGAAGCAUGAUGUGGAUAAUAACGCCAAAAAUAGAAGGAACUCUAGCUUUGGGAAUAACAGAUAUUACAGUCUGUUCAUUUUAAGAAAAUAUUCUUUAAAUCGCAAUUUAAGAUGAAAACAAAACAAGUAACAUCAGAUAAAUGCAAUUCAGUGUUCAUUUUUUAUGACUUGGACUGAGAAAAUACAGUUUCAGUCGUUCAGCGGUAACAGUGUGAAGUGUGAAAUCAUAAUUAUUUCAAGUGUUUUAGCCAUAACUCACAAUUACAUCCCUCUCUCUGCGACAUGUCAUUCCUAAAUUUAAAAAAUAAAUACUGAAAGCAUUUUUUUUUCACCACUUAAUUGGCACCUGUUAGUCUGACUGUAGCUAAUAGGCAGGCUGAGCUUCAUCUGACUGCACAAAACAGUGUGGAAGCACAUUCAGUACACCCAUUCAACACUGAACAUGAUGGCAUACUGAGAUACAUUGCUUAUUUUUUAUGUAAAUUAGGGGUGUCCGGAUACGAUAUUGAUAUUGGAUAUCGGUCCGAUAUCUGCAAUAAUGAAUAUCAGAUUAUAUCGGCCUGCAUCUAAAAUCUCUGAUAUCAACACUCCGAUAUAAGCAGUCCAUUCCAGACUCUGCUCCAGCACCUCGAGCAAAAAAAGACAUUGCAGCUGAGUGCAAAACUUGUUGUGCACAAUUUUGUUUCAAUAUCAGUAUUGGCCGAUACUGAAGGCUACAACAUCGGUACCGUAUGGGAGGAAAAAAAGUUGUAUCGGGACACCCCUAAUGUAAAUGUAUGAAUUUAUUGCAGCACAUUAAGACUCUCGUGAUGUGUUUAUUGCAAAUUUGCAUAAAGUGUCAGUGUAUCGUGCAGCACUUGUACUGAUAACUGAAAAAGCCAGCAGAGGUUUACAUCAGUUUUUGAGUAAUGGAAAAUGUGUGUUUGGGCUCUAACAUGCUUGUGUUAUUAUUUACUCACAUUGCAGCGAGCACCUGUCAUGUGCGUUCACCUUCUUCGUGCACGGCGACAGCAAUGUGUGCACAAGCGUGGAGAUCGCCCAACACCAGCCUCUUCAGCGGCUGGGCGAGGAGCAUCUCAGCCUCGCCCAACAGAGCUCCACCCCCCUGCAAGGUAGGAGCACACCCGCCUUAUCACUUUGUUACAUGUGGGUGUGUAAUGAAAAUAAAUUGUAGUACUAAUGGAGACUCCUCUCUGCCCUUCAGUCAUCUUGAGUCCAUACGGCCUGAAUGGGACCCUCACUGGACAGGCUUUUAAGAUGUCAGACCACCCCACUCAGAAGCUCAUAGAGGAGUGGAGGCAGUUUUACCCCAUCAGCCCAAAUCCUAAAGAGGUACAGGAGGACAAGAUGGAAGAUGCGGACUGGGAGGACGACUCUCUGGCGGCUGUGGAGGUCCUCGUCGGUAAGGCUGAUAUAACUCUUUGCUGUUUUUGAUCUUUGGCUUUAAAGAAAAUCAUAAAUCCUAAAUUUUGAGACUUCUGCACCAAAGAGUUUUUGAAGUAAAGCACUUCUGUUUGUUUGUUUCAGCCGGAGUAAGGAUGGUUUACCCUUCCUGCCUGGUGCUGCUCCCCCUGUCCGACCUCCCCACCGUGGUCCCUCAGGGCUCGGCUAACACCUCAGGAAGCGUGUGCGGCGCUCAGCAGGGCCAGGCCGCUCACAGAGACCCCGCCAUGUCCUCUGUCACUCUGACUCCGCCUACGUCACCAGAGGAGGCUCAGACUGGUAAGACACACAAAAUGUGGACACAACAAUCAGCAUCUUCUCUUCCUGUAAGGAUCCUGACUCUGACUGUUCGGUGUUCCCUUCUCUCAUUCAGAUUAUCAGCCUGCACAGAGGUGGCUCAAGCUGUCCUCUGCGUCCGACGGCUUCAGCGCUAACAACACUCUUCAUGGGGGGAAGAUCCCUCGCAGACUGGCCGGCCAGAUGGUGGAGUCUGUGUGGCAGGAGUAUAACAUGAACCGCACAGGGCAUAAGUAAGUCCAGCGUUAUCUCUGCCUUACAAACAGCAGCUGGUGAAAUAGCUCUUUCAGCGCUGACUGACAUCUCUCCUCAUUUUAAUAGGAGGAAGUUUACUCCGCUGACGAACGGCACCUGUGAGGAAGAGCCAGACAAGACCGGACUUUGGGAUUUUGUCGAGCCGACUCACCGGUCUCACUGUAACUGUUCGAGGUACCUUAAAAGCCUUUCAUUCACAAGAGACUCUUCCUUUGUUCUUAUUAGAAAACAAGGUCAUUCUCAAGCUCUUUGUUUCUCCUGUAGACAUAAGAAUCAGAAACAGCGAUCCAGCAGCACCUCAGGACACCUGCCUCCGUCAGGCCAGCCCCCCCAGCCGACCCCCAAACACAAACUGGGCGAAAAGCUGGAGAAGGCGGAGAAGCAGCAGAAGAGGCCGCAGACGCCUUUCCACCACCGCAACUCAGUGAGUGAGGAUCAGUCUCUGGAGCCGCAGACCCAGAGGCUUUGUCUGAGAACGCAGGAAGAGAGCUCGUACCCCAGCCUGCACCACGUCGACACAGUUCCCUCCAAAGCGCCCACGCUGCACACACACGGCCCCCCUGCUGACCUCGUCGGAUCCCCGCCCCCGCCUCCUCUCAGCCCGCAUCCCUGCGACCACGUGGAGGGCAACAUGACCCCAGGUGGCAUCAAGAGCUCGUCCACGCCUAUUCACCAACCGUUCUACCCGCCGUCUGUGGAGCCCUGUCUGCUGCCACAGAAAGGCUCGUCUGAGGAGCCUCCGCUGGAGAACAUGUCUCUGCCUCUGCCCUACCCUCCCAACUACAACGAAACCGUAGAACCCACCGUCUUCGUCGGCUCGGCCAUCAACCCCAACGAGGACUCCACCCACAACCCCUGGAAGUAUUUCAAGCUGCCCAAGAAGAAGGCGUCAAACUUCCAGAUGCCACAGCUACUCGUGGAUAAACUCCUAGAUGAUUCUGGGGGAGGCGGAGGAACAGAGAGUGUCGUGUCUGUCACUGAGUGAGUACUUAAUUCAGUCUCAGCUUCAUCACACACACACAAAAAAAAAAGUUUCAGUACCUUUAAUGUUGCACCUCUUCUACCCUCGUAGGUUGAUGUCAGGCUCCUCACACACCCUGAAGGUGUCCCAGGAGCUGGUCAAGACUUACACCCAGCGGAGAAACAGCCAUCUCGUGUCCGCCAUAGGAGACGGAGAACAAAACGAAGAGCUCGACCCUUACGCUUUCGUCGAGGGAGACGACGAGUUCACUUUCACCGAUAAAAAGGACAAACCUGGAGCAGAAAGAGAGAGCAACAAGAAACACAAGGUGGGUUCAGGACUGGGAUUGUUUUACCAACCUGAGAUUGUGUUGAAUUAAGACAGGGAUAGCUGUUUGAAUGAGGUCCUGAUACCGACUAGUUAACUUUGUCGGGAGUUGUAGAAGAAGUCUGACACCCACAGCCUUGAAGUCAAACAAAAAAGCUGCUGUUUCAUGAAAAGUAGGGGUGUCUCAAUACAAUAUUGAUAUUGUAUAUUGGUCCGAUAUCAGCAAAUAUUUGAAUAUUGGAUUAUAUCGGCCUGCGUCUAAAAUCUCCAAUAUCGGCACUCCGAUACAAGCAGUCCAUUCCAGACUCCGCUCCAGCAUCUCUAUCUAGCAGCACCUGGAUCCAGGAUGUAAAACCCAUGUGAUCCCAACAACAGUGUGUACUAAGGUACUAACAAAGAAGCAAGGAGUAGAAGUGAUGUCGGCUUCGUAGCAGUAUUUUUCAUCAAAAUCUGAAAAAGACGCUGCUGAGAACAAUACUUUUCAUGCACAAGUUUGCACUAAUAUCGGAUCAAUAUCGGUAUCGGACAAUACUUAAAGCUUCAACAUCAGCGUCAUAUCGGAGGUGAAAAAGUUGUAUCAGGACACCCCUAAUGUAAAGUUACACCAACUGUGUUUUGUCACUGACUCAUUCAAACCUGAUUUUUGUCGUUUUUUUGAUGCAGGGGGAUGAAGCUGCUGGAACCUCAGGAGACGGUGAGAGUUUGAUCCUUGUGUUUGACUUUAAAUUGAUUGAUUAUUGAAAGUCUGGGGUUUUAUUCGUGACGGUUUCUCCAUGUGUUUGUGUUUCAGACGGUCAGGGUCCAUCAGGUAACAAACCUUCAGCCUCCACCAGUCUCAUUCAUGAGAACGACCUGGCCGUGUCCUACAGCGACUUGGAUAAAAUCUUCAACUCAGAUGAAGACGAGCUAGCGGUGAGAGCACCAGCCUUUGAUAUAGACCUGUAAGACCUGUCGGAUCAGAAAGUGGAUCAAAUGUUAAGUUUUGUUUUCUCCUGUCUGCGCAGCCUGGGUCUAGAAGAGCAGGAGCCGGCGCAGACGACAAGUUUGGCUGUAAAGACGUGAAAUCAGCCACGUCAGAUCCCCUCUCUUGCAUAAGUAAGGAGCCGCAGCAUUAUUUAAUCAGUGUUUGCUGUAAUUUUUAUAACCAGGUUGUUUCAAGAGAAGUGAUCAUGCAUUAUUUCUGCAGGCUCAGUAGACCUGCACCAGAUGUUUCCCACUCCGCCCUCUCUGGAGCAGCAGGGUUACUCCCCUAUGAACUCUGGGAGCAAAGACAGCCUGGAAGCAGGGGCGGGCCUCACCCUGUUGGACGGCAGCCAGCUUAACAACCACUUCAAGAUGGAGGUGGAGGAGGGAUUCUGCAGCCCCAAGCCAUCCGAAGUAAAGGUACGGACAGCCACACCUGCGAGCGAGCGGGCGGUGGAGCGAGUGGGGAAAGUGAAGCCACAUCAGCGCAUUUUACAACUUCCUCUUUGCCUUUAGGACUUCUCCUUCGUGUACAAGGCGGAGACGAGCCAGGUUUUCAUCGGCUGCUCCAUGUACGCCCCCCUGAAGACGCUACCCAGCCAGUGUCUGCUGCCUAUCAAACUGCCAGAAGACUGUGUGUACACGCCCAGCUGGACCAUGGGUAAAAUGGAGCUCAUGCCGCCAGUGACGAACAUCAACCUCAUCACCAAAGACAGGUCGGUGGAUUAGACAGUCGAGUUAGGGACCCUCUAGAGUUGGUUAGUUUCACUUACCGUAUUUUUUGGACUAUAAGGAGCACUUGAAAUCCUUAAAAUCCUCAAAAAUUGACAGUGCGCCUUAUAAUCCAGCGCGCCUUAUAUAUGAUUACUUGUUGUUUUUACUGACCGAUUUUAUUGGUACAAUGCGCUCAAAAGGAAUGAAUCAAUAAGUAAGAAUAUUUCACUGUACCAGUAUUUGUUGUUACAACUGAGUAAAAUAAAGUUUGAUUUACCGGACUGUGUUGUUUCGCUUAAUGCGCCCUUACAAUCCGGUGCGCUUUGUGUGUGACCAUAGACACGUUAAUUCAUAGUGCGCCUUGUGGUCCGAAAAAUACGGUACUCAAAUUUCACUGAUUUUUAAAUGAGUAUUUUCUCAUCAAAAAUAUUUCCCUCUGUUUAAACUUCUCUUAUAAAACCUGACCUUUGGUUUUUUCUUUCCUGAAUAGAAAGUCAAAUUUUAAACUCUUUCUCUCGUCAUCCUUCUGUGACAGUAACGUCCCCAGUGUGGAGCCAGACUACAGCCAAACCUACACCCCUCAGACCCACACGCCCUUCAUGUCCAGCAGCGCUCCUCCCAGCAAUAGUGGUACGGGCAUCCUGCCCUCCCCCGCCACCCCACGCUUCUCCGUUCCGACACCUCGCACCCCGCGCACUCCGCGGACACCCCGUGGCCCAUCCAGCGUCCAGGGCUCCCUCAAGUACGACAACUCUGACCUUUACUCCCCCGCCUCCACCCCCUCCACCUGCCGACCGCUGAGCUCGGUGGAGCCGGCUACCGUACCCUCGAUCCCCGAGGCGCACAGCCUCUACGUCACCCUCAUCCUCUCCGAGUCAGUCAUGAACCUCUUCAAGGACUGCAACUUUGACAGCUGCUGCGUGUGCGUCUGCAACAUGAACAUCAGAGGCGCCGACGUAGGCGUGUACCUCAAGGACAACGGCGAGGCGCAGUACCCCUGCACCUGCGGCUUCAGCGCCGUCACCAAUCGGCGCUUCGGCCAAUCAGCCGGGCUGUUCCUCGAGGACGAGCUGGACGUGGUGGGCCGGGGCUCGGACUCGGGCAGAGACACGGAGAGGUGUUUCGAGGAGCUGCGAGCUUCACACAAAGCCGGCAGCCUGGCGGAGAAACCUCCAGACGAGCUGAUUCUGCUGCUGCAGGACCAGUGCACCAACCCCUUCGCUCCGAUGGCGGGGGUGGAGUAUCCGAAGCUAGGCUCAGGCCCCAGCUCUUUUCUGAGGGUGGAGGAGAGAGACUGUUACAAUGACUGCUACAUGGCUCUGGAGCAUGGCCGGCAGUUCAUGGACAAUAUGUCAGGUGGAAAAGUGGAUGAAACACUAGUGAAGAGCACCUGUCUCCAUCAGUGGCCCAAAUGCAAAUGUACGUAUCUCUCGCAUUUUAAUCAGAGUCGUUCCUUUUGUACAAGUUUGUCUCUGUUUCUAUUCCUGAGUUCAAACGUAGCUAAGCCGAGGGAUCCUUCCCUCUGUUGUUCCUCUUGCAGCCGCAGACAUGAGCAAGCUGUACUCUCAGGACGUCCUGCGGGUGUUGUUGUCCCUCCAGCCUGUGCUGCAGGACACCAUCCAGAAGAAGAGGAGUGUCCGCUCGUGGGGCGUUCAGGGACCGCUCACCUGGCAGCAGUUCCACAAGAUGGCUGGAAGGGGAUCAUAUGGUACGUGGAGAAUAUUUGGCACCAGAUCCGUACCUGACAAAAGAUCGGUUUUGAAGUCCUUCGUCACUUUCAGAAAGAAGCAGAUAAAGAGCCUUUUUUCUUUCCUCUCACUACAGGCACAGACGAGUCACCCGAGCCUCUGCCCAUCCCCACCUUCCUGGUGGGUUAUGAGUACGACUUUGUGGUGCUGUCUCCUUUCGGGUUGCCCUACUGGGAGAAGCUUCUUCUGGAUCCUUUCGGCUCCCAGAGAGAUGUCGGUUAUGUCGUCAUCUGCCCAGAAAAUGAAGCUCUGCUCGGCAGGGCGAAAACCUUCUUCAAGGAUCUGAGCGCCAUGUAUGAGGUAAAGCGAACACUUCAGACUCGACACAGCAGGACCAAACUCUGCUCGACUGAAAUGAUUCAUAUUGAUUCGUCUUUUGUCACGACAGGCGUGCCAGCUUGGGCAACACAGACCCAUCUGUAAGAGUCACCCAGAGGGCGUGCUGAAGGUUGGCACCACAGACGGCAGGAGCAUGACAGAACAGCCUCUUAGCGACUGGUUCCUUAAGAUGGCUGCCAGAGACGCCAACAAUGAAGCCUUUAAUAAGCUCAAACUCUUCGCUCAAGUGUGCCGCUACGAUCUGGGUAACAUUUCUACUCCACAAUCUUGAGAGACAAAGCUAAUCCGACUGUGCGGCAUAGAAAAGCUGAUCUUUUUUGUUCUUAUUGUCUCCCUCCAGCUCCGUACCUGUCAGAGCAGUCUUUGGACAGCUCUCUGUUGUCCCAGCGCAGCCCGUUUGUGGCUUCCUCCUCCUCCUCUUCUUCCUCCUCCUUGCAGACCUCCGGCUCUUCCAGCACCUCCUCAGGACCCCAGAGCACCAACACUACCAGCUCCAGCACCAGCUCUGCCCAAGUCAACAGCACCCCUCCCCCUCCUCCUUCCUCCUCCUCUUCUUCCUUACCGGGCUCGCAGACUAUCGGCGGAUUGGCCGGAGCGAAGUCGAGCUCCUACUCGGCGUUCGGGACGACAGGUUUGCAAGGCAGCGCCGCCCAAAACGGGCCGCAGUCGAAUUCUCAGAACGCAGCAGAAAAUGGACCCUCUACCAACCAGCCGCAAGCACCCACAGAGGCACCGGAGAGGUGAGAGAGAGAGGGAGGGAGAGAGUUGUUUCUUUGAAAAUAUCUUCGUGAUUUGCUUUUUCCUCAAAAUGGAAGUCACUGAUGCUUCAAUCAUUCAGGACUUUCUGUUUUGAAUUGACACGUGUCCUAAUUUCUCUCGACAGCACAAUGGAGAGGGACAAAGUGGGGAAGCCAACAGACGGAGAGUCCCACGCUGUGUCAUACCCGCCCGCCAUCGUUGUUUACAUCGUCGACCCCUUCAGCUACGAAGACGCGAGCAGAGAGGUCCACUCCAGCACCUACAGCCUGGGCCUGCUGCGCUGCUACAUGGAGAUGCUGCAGUUCCUGCCCGCUCGCAUCCGAAACGCCGUCUCAGUACAGGUACGGGACAAUCGAACAUUUUGAGGUUGACAAAGCCGCCGCCGGAUUACUUGACGCAAAAGCGGCACUCGCUGAGGUCUUCAGCGGCUCGAUGUCCUCCUCGCUUGCUCGUGUAGAACAGAGCAGGCAAGCGGGAGGCACAGAGGGAGGUGAGGGAGGAGCAGGGGACUCAUUAGCUGACACUAAAGGAGGUGAUAUAGUGACACAAAGUUGCAUCAACAUGCCAGAGGGAGUUUUGAAGCAUUAGAGGCAUAAAUGUGCUCAUGGGUCUGACAUUAGUGCUUCCACGGGAAACAGGCAGGUUAUAAACGCUCUUGUUUAGUGUUUUUAGAUUUUAAAUCGAGUUUAAAUAUUUAAUCUCAACAGAACUAAAGACCGAUGUGACAGAUGUAAUUGAACUUGUUCUUGGAAGUCGUGACAGCAGACAGAUUUUUUUACUGCUCUGUUUGUUUACGGAGAAACACAACAAUCCCGAAAACGAAAGUGUUCGUUUUUUGGCAGCGUUGGCGCCAAAACAUUCCAGCGUGUUUUUGUCGACAUGCAGCAACCUAUCUUUUUACAACAAAGGGUUCGACUUUCUUUGACUGAGUAAUUAUUCAGGGAUGGGUAUCAAUGGUUUAUGUGGUUUUCCAAAAUUUUCCAGGAAUUUAACGGCAGCCAGAAUUUGAAAAUACUUUUUGUUUCCAACUAUCCAUGUCGAACUUGAACUCAGCUUGUCAAGAUUUAACAGUAAUGAACCAUAUUAGCUGGCUCAGGCAAGGUUCCUGCACAACUAUAGAAAGAAUAGAAAUAAAUUAGAUCAAUUUCCAGGUCUUAAAAAGUGUGGAAAUUGUCAAAUGAAGUAUGUAAAAAUAUGUAUGUUUCCAGACUAUUACCACAGUUUGAAAGUAGGUAUUUCCAAAGAUUAUUCUAAAAAUUAGGGUAUGAAAAAUUUGGAAAUUCCAACUGUGUAGAAACCCUGUGGCUGUGCUUGUCAUUAAAAGUGCCAAACUCCAUCAGAACACCAGCUAACAGUACUGACAACAGUGCUGUGCUAAUAAAUAUAAAUAAAAAAAGAUGAUAUUUGAGUUUCAGCGUGUCUUUGUGAUAACCAACCAGGUGACUAGUUUUAAUUUCACGAAGGUCUAAAACUUGUAGAUAUAUCCACUUUUGGAAAAUCACCUCCAAUACCUCUUUUGGUUUUGACUCCACAAAAGCACAUCAACCCACUAUUAAAUGUAAAUGAAUUAAUCCCUAUUUCAUUCCACCUCUCUUUUUUCUAUCUGUCAGAUCGUACCCUGUCAGUACCUGCUGCAGCCGGUCCACAGCGGAGACCGUCACCUCUACGGCCAGCACCUCAAGUCCCUCGCCUUCUCGGUGUUCACUCAGUGUCGUCGGCCUCUGCCCAACUCCACCAACUUCAAGGCUCUGACCGGCUUCGGCCCUGGUCUUGCCAUCGACAUGGCGCUGAAGAACCCAGAGGUAACAGACAGUCUGUUUGCAGAUGAAAUUAGAGUCAGAUGGUUUAAUUUUUCCUCACAAACUAAUGUAUUGACCCGCCCCCCGUGCAGAGACCUGAGUGUUUGCGCCUGUACACGCCGCCCUUCAUCCUGGCUCCUGUGAAGGACAAGCAGACUGAGCUGGGGGAAACCUUUGGCGAGGCCUCCCAGAAAUACAACGUCCUGUUUGUUGGCUACUGUCUGUCACAUGACCAGCGCUGGCUGCUGGCGUCCUGCACCGACCAGCAUGGAGAACUGCUGGAGACCUGCAUCAUCAGCAUCGAUGUACCAAACAGGUACCAAACUCAAGACACCAUGGAUUAAUCCUUCAUGAAGUAUUGAUCAGGUUGUGUUUCAUUUCAAGUAAAUUUGUUUGUCUCAGGGCUCGCAGGAAAAAGGGCUCAGCGCGGCGGGUGGGCAUGCAGAAGCUGUGGGAGUGGUGUCUCGGCCUGGUGCAGGUGACAUCGCUGCCGUGGAGGGUGGUGAUCGGGCGGCUUGGAAGAAUGGGCCAUGGCGAGCUGAGAGGUACACACACAUCACACAUCAGUGUCUGCAUCAUUUUUAGCACAAACAGCAUAAAAGAAGUCGUACUCACACGUUCUUACCUGUCCCUCCUCCAGACUGGAGCAUCCUACUGAGCAGGAGGAACCUGCAGUCCCUCAGUAAACGCCUGAAGGAGACAUGUAGGAUGUGUGGCAUCUCUGCCGCCGACACUCCCAGCAUCCUCAGCGCCUGUCUGGUCGCCAUGGAGCCUCAGGGUUCCUUUGUCAUCAUGCCAGGUAAUAGACAGUAAAGUUUUAUGCUGCGUUCGAGUUACCUCAGAAGUCAGAAAGAAGCAAAAUUGGAGGCGGGAACAAGAUGGCUACAUCUACGAAAGUUAUUUUAGCGCUUGCCUUAUAUUCAGACAAGGCAAGCACUACAAUAACUUUUGUUUCCACCUCCAGUUUUGCUUUUUUCCGACUUGGUAACUGAAACGCUGGGAACUCGGGUGUGACGUCAUUUUCAGCCCGGACUUCUGACUUCUGAGGGAACUCGAACGCAGCAUCAGCUCUUCAGCCUCCUAGAACUACAUGUCCCAGAAUCUAACUGUCUUCCCUUUGCAGACUCAGUGUCGACGGGGUCCGUGUUCGGCCGCAGCACCACACUCAACAUGCAGACGUCACAGCUGAGCACCCCUCAGGACACAUCGUGCACACACAUCCUGGUGUUCCCCACCUCGGCCAUGGUGCAGGUCAACACCAACACUACAGAGCCGAUCGAUAUCAACUUCAACCCCAUUAAUCCCGGUGAGUUGUGCGGCUGAUGUGUCAUCACUUAAAUACACCGAUGAUGAGUCAGACACUGAGCUCUGCGUGUUUUCUUUCUCUCUCUCUCUGCAGAUGGGUCUGACGCAAUGGGUAUCUUUGAGCUGUUCGACAACGAUAUGGUGGAUCAAGACCUCAUCAACAUCCUGCCAAACUCCCCCACAACCUCCCCAGUUCACUCUCCUGGUUCCCACUAUCACCAAGGAGGAGAUGGAAGCAAGGUGUGUCCUCAUGAACUCUUCACAACAACAAAAAACAAAAACUAAUGUUCAAUCUCAGACUUUCUGUGUCAUUUUGAUGUGAAAUUUAAGGUUUUUCUGACUUAAUUUCAUGAGUGGAAAAGUUCGUUGUGCACUCUUUCGGUCGAAGGAUAAACCUUUUCCAGUUUUUGCUUCUACCUCCAAAAAUCAGGUUGACUUUAUUAAAUCAGAAUCUAAUUUUAUGUCCUGAUUCUCUCAUGGAUAAAAGAAAAAUAAACGUCAUGUUGCCACAGUAACCUGUUGACAAAUUGAGCAGGUUGAGUUUGGUGAAAAGAGGAUUUAAAAUUCAUGAAUUCUCUCCAUGUCGCCUCGCAGGGUCAGAGUGCAGACCGUAUGGAGUCCCACGAGGAGGCUCUCAACAUCCUACAGCAGCCGAUGGCUUUGGGAUAUUUUGUUUCCACAGCUAAGGCUGGACCACUGCCUGACUGGUUCUGGUCAGCCUGUCCUCAAGCUCAGAACCAGUGCCCACUUUUCCUCAAGGUAUUUCAAGUGCAGUCGGUCGCAUUCAAUCACUGAAACACUGACUCAUUUUUGAGGUUUAAGAUGAAAUAAGAUGACGUCUCUCUUUACUUAAACAGAAAGUGAUUUGAAAUCGAUUUCUUUUCCCCCCAGGCCUCUCUGCACCUGCACGUGUCUUCCGUCCAAUCAGAUGAGCUCCUGCACAGUAAACACUCCCACCCGCUGGACUCCAACCACACCUCUGACGUGCUCAGGUAACAUCUUUUGUGAAAUGAGCCGUGCGAUGACGCAGUUUUCAUACCUGGAUGUCACUAACUCUUGCCUCCCUCAUGAUAGAUUCGUUCUGGAGCAGUACAACGCCCUCUCCUGGCUGACGUGCGACCCUGCCACCCAGGACCGCCGCUCCUGUCUGCCUGUUCACUUCGUGGUGCUCACACAGAUGUACAACUUCAUCAUGAACAUGUUCUGAAGUCUCACGGGAUCAAACUGCAGAGGUUUAAAUGGAUGAAAAGAGGGGGUUCGCAGAGGAAUCCCUGACACUCCAAGAACCUCACACUCCAUCAGGGCAAUUACGGAGGAAGCACCCCCACCCUUCUCGUCUCCUCCUCCCUCCCUGGUGUCUCUAACACAACACAGACUGACUGACUGGAAGUCUCAAAUCAACCAAUCAAUCAACCAGAUGCCAAGAAUCCACUUUGGAAGUUCAAGGGACGUUUCAUAAAGGAGAAUUAAAUGUCUUUUUAAUGACCGUAGAUUGCAAUCUAUAAAAUUUUAUCUUAAUGAAAUGCCUGCAUAUAUUAUUUAUUGUAAGUUUUUAAAUGUGGAAUUUUUAAUGCUUAAUAUCUUUUAUAUUACAAAUCCUAGAGGGUGUGUACAUCUCACUGUAAAGGAAUUGGUUUAAAAAGUGUAAUUUCUCGAUUACAACACGGAACAAACCUGUUCGAGUGAAUUUGCUGUAGAUUGCUUUUAGAAUAUUAUUUUUUCAAAGGGUACAGACCUUUUUAUUGCCAUGCUGUAAAAAUGAAGUAAAGCUGGCCUGGGCAUUUGUGUCCCACCCGAAGAGUGGAUGAGACUUACCUCUCUGUCUGCUUUGGCUCCAGAGUCUCUCGCACAGUAACUCAAUGAGCUCUGAAGAGGAAUUAAAGGUACAUUGUCAGAUUAUAUAUUUUAUAUAACAGAUUUAGGUAAUUGUGUGUGUAUAUGUGUACAUAUAAUUGUGUGCCGCUACUGAUGGUGCAGCUUCUGUUUUAGGAAUAAAGUGCGUCUACCUUAUCA